CACCGGCCAAUGUAGAAGGAAAAUAAUUUAUAUUUAUAGGUUAUAUUGUUUUAUGUUUUAAUUUUCGAAGUUUUGUUUAAAAUUAAAAAUAAAAUAGCUCUUUUUUAUUGAUAGAAUGGUAACGAUGAAAUCUUAUUCAGAUGUAGUAUUAAUGAUAGCUAACAAAUUAAGUCGGUACGAUAUACUACUGAAAGUUUUGAUAGCAAUUGUAAAAUAUAAUGCUGUAGAGCUUAGCCUAUUGUAUCUAAGCUAAGCCAAAAUUACCAAUUUUUUUUAAAGAAGGAAUUUCAAGGAGUAACAUACGUCUCACUGCAUGUAGAGGAAAGUUUGUUGAACACCAAGUUAUAAAGUGUCAGUUGAUUUUCGUGAGUUAAACUUACUUGGAAAUAGGCGACUGAAGUUGUCUUUUAUCAAUUCCAUUUAUUGAAUUAUUACAAUGUCCAGCUUGCAUAAUGAUGGCGUAGACGAACAGGUGAAUGAGGUGUGCAUUACAACAAGCGAUGGAGUGUCAGAGUCCUCGAUAUCUCGAGAGUUCACAACUCUCAGUGGACAUAAUCUCGAAUCUUCUACUGGUCCCUCGCCCUGCACCGAUAAGUUCCCUGGAGAAUAUGACUUUCAAGUUGAACUUUCAGAAACUAUCAACGACCGAAAAUCUUGGAGAUAUUCGUCAAAGCUGAGGAAAGUGUUUGUUGAUAUCAAUAAAAUUGUACUUUUCCAAUUCAAACUCAACAAGAACAGCAGCAGAAGUAUAUCGAAUCUCCGAGUGAGAGCUCUGCUCGUCUACACCAGUCCCGAUCAUAGCCAUCUACCUGUCAAUCGAUGUAUGCUGCAUGCAUUCGAAAGCGAUCCCAAUUACCUUGCUCACGUGCAGAAGAACGUGUGCAACUGCAGUGAGGUGAGACUGGCGGGUCAUGUGUUGACAUCGAAUGACGCAGCUGCCGCUUACGAGUUUGCCGCGUCGAGUGGUCGCCACAGCGUGGUGGUUGGCUUGCGUCCGCCUCAGGCCGGCUCUGACGCAACAUUCAUCGGCUACCAGUUCGGCUGCAAGACCUCCUGCGAAGGCGGCAUGUCGCGGCGUCAGGUCAACUUGGUCUUCACACUCGAAACUCAAUUUGGUGAGGUGUUGGGCAGAUCAAGCAUGCUUGUAAAAGUGUGCAGCUGUCCAAAGAGAGACAGAGACAGGGAAGAAAGUGAUUACUCGUCCAUUCAUCCUGACUCAAGCAACGAGAGGCUAGCAGCAGUCAAGCGCAAGCACGAUGAUAGCCAGGAGGAAGACGAUGAUUUGCAACCGGAAUCAUCAGUGCAUAGUCAAACUCCACUAUCGCAGUAUCAUUUAUUCAUGUCUCUAUUCAAUCAAGUGGAGAAAAUGAGCGAAUGGAUUCGUCAAAGCGUUGAAUUCCAGAAAAAGCUGCUAGAAGAAUCUCAACAAAGCUCGAAAGAGAUAAUAAACGCCAUUGAAGAAAUAAAUUCUAAAAUUAAUGAAAAUUCGUUUCAGGAAACCAAUGAACAAGAAAUUAAUUCUUCUGAUGAGUAAUGUGUUUGUUCAACAAUAACUUCUAUUUUGACAAAUAAAAAUGUUAUUAAGAAAA